AUCAAGUUGGAUAUUGGAGAUUUGGUGAUUAUCGUUAUUUAGAUCCUGCUGGUGAAUUUCUUGGUACUGAUAAGAUUAAUAAAUGUCGUAUUGAAGAUAUGGAUUAUAUUAAUCAAAUCAUUGAAGAAAAUAUCUCCUCUAAGCAGAUAUUGGAAAAUCCCAAAGAAUUACUUCCUCGUUCUUGGCUUAGAAGUUUGCAAGAUCUAACUUAUAUUGAGCAACGGCGUGAAAAACUUGUAAAUGAAGAGUUAAAAAAAUUUUGGCAUCCUGUGACAUUCUAUUUUUAUGGUGAAGGUGGUGCUGGUAAAUCAAAUCUU